UGCAAAUAUCUGUUAUUUAAGAUUAUAAAAGUACUCGUUCUCCGUUUAAAUGUGUUGCUUUUCGGUGCUAUUAAUUUAAUUUUUUAGUGAAAUGAAGUGCCAUAAAGAUUUUGACACCGUACAGUGCCGAAAUGUGGAGAAGCAGUGAUCGAUGCAGCCCAACGCUAACAGUUGCAGAUGGAGAAAGAACAGGACGAAACCACUACCUUUAUGCAUUUCGAAAUUGUUUCAUAAAUGGUGUGCUGUGGGUGGAUUUCUGUGUCUGCAAUACAAGCUAUGAGACAUAAAGUAUCCAUUUGAAAGCAAAACACUUGUUUUGUAAUAUAUUUCCUCAGUUAUCACUCCAGUAGAUUGUCAACAUUUGGAGCUACAGUCAUGGAUAAAGCAGAGCAGCUGGAUGAUGCUCAGACUUCUGCUGAAAAUGUGCCCGACAACUCGAGAUACCUAAGCCUGGAUGACAUCAAGCAAUAUAGGCUGGAUGAUGAAGGUGUUCCUACUGACACUUCCAUGAAUCAGAAAAAAGUGGAAGACACCAUAGAGGAAUGCUUGUCAAAGUUUUUUGAUCGGGCUUCUGUGGAUCCAGAGCUUCCAAAGUUAGCAAGGGAGCACCACAUUGAGCUGCUAUGUCGAUCUCUGUCUUACCUUUCUGGCAACUAUGAGUGCCUGGACGCCAGCCGGCCGUGGCUCUGCUACUGGAUCCUGCACGCCCUCGACGUGCUCGGCCACACGCUGCCCGUUGAACAGGUGGACACGGUGACGGCCUUCCUGGCGCGCUGUCAGUCGGCCGAGGGCGGCUUCGGCGGCGGGCCCGGCCAGCUGCCCCACCUGGCCGCCACGUACGCAGCCGUCAGCGCGCUGGCCAGCCUGGGCACCGAGGCCGCCUACCAGGUGAUAGACAGGCCGGGUCUGCGCCGGUUCCUGCGGCGCUGCCUCAACAGCGACGGCUCGUUCUCGAUGCACGACGACGGCGAGGUGGAUAUCCGCGGCGCCUACUGCGCUGCCGCCGUUGCGCGGCUCACCAACGUCUAUGAGGACGCCCUGUUCGAGAAGACGGCCGAGUGGCUCUCCAGCUGUCAGACGUACGAGGGCGGGUUCUCGGGCACCCCUGGGCUGGAGGCCCACGGCGGCUAUACGUUCUGCGGCCUGGCGGCGCUGGCACUGCUGGGCCACGAGCGGCUCUGCGACCUCGACUCACUCAUGCGGUGGGUGACGAACCGCCAGAUGGCGCUGGAGGGCGGCUUCUCGGGCCGCACGCAGAAACUGGUGGACGCCUGCUACGCGUACUGGCAGGGUGCCGUGUUUCCCAUUAUCCACACGCUGCUGGCCAAGGAAGGUUCUGAGACGCUGAGCCGGGAGCGCUGGAUGUUCCACCAGGAGGCGCUACAGCACUACCUGCUGCACUGCUGCGAGAACGCCCACGGCGGCUUCUUCGACAAGCCCGGAAAGAACCGGGACUUUUACCACACGUGUUACGCGCUGAGCGGUCUGUCGAUAGCGCAGAACUUCCACCUGGGCAGGCAGCACCACCCGCGGGUGGUCGGACACCAAAACAACCAGCUGGAGCUGGUACACCCCAUCUACAACCUGGUUGUGACAAAGGCGAUAGCCGCUACCGAGUACUUCAGUAAGCUGGCCGUGCCGACGGAGGCCGACUGCUCCAAGCAGGCCGGCUCGCCACGGGAGGCGGAUCUCAGCGGGGGGUCGCCGGAGGAGCGGUCCGGACCGGCCGGGGAUGCUGCCGGAGCGCCGGCCGGCCAGUGACUGCCCAACAGACCGGCGGCGCCGCCGGGCGAGGGAGGGGGGAGGGGGGAACUGAGAGGUGCUUCGGUGACGGCCGUAAUGACCGGGACUCUGUGCAACAAAGACAGCCGGCUGCCGCGUCUACUUACCGCGCCUCCGUCCACACGUGGACCGACAAACGCUUUGUGCCGUCAACUCCUGUACAAGUCAGACUGCCCAGAGGGACGACAAUAUAUCAGUCGGUGUUGUGCUAUUCUUUGUGUCACCGUGUGCCGAGCGACGGAAAUGUUGUGAGUGACACUUAUGACCAUCUGUUGAAAAAGCAAAUAAUAAAAGUGCUGUGGUAGACUUGAA